AAACUUAUCUCAUAUCUCAAUAGAUCUGUUGUAUUUGCUGCUGCAAGAUGGCUUUGAAAAUAGCAAUACUGAUCCUGGGCCUGUUGGCCAUGUUCCUUUUAGUCUCCUCAGACGUGGUAUCCACCAAUGCAAAAGAGGUGAAAAAUUUAGUGCGUGAUGCCAAAUAUCCCGGUGGAGGCUUUGGAGGAGGGUACCCUGGUUAUGGCGGUGGCUAUCCUGGUCAAGGUGGUGGAUACCCUGGACGUGGUGGUGGGUAUCCUGGUCGUGGUGGAGGCUAUCCUGGUCGUGGUGGUGGCUACCCUGGCCGUGGUGGUGGCUACCCUGGUCGUGGUGGUGGUUACCCUGCUCGUUGUCGCUAUGGAUGUUGUGGUGGCCGGACAUACAAUGGAGGAUGCAGAAGGUGCUGCUAGAGAAGCUAUGCAUGCACAGACUCAUGGUUGAGACAAUGCACUUACGUAGUACUUAGUAUAUUUGAUGAAUAAAAUGUGGUGUUAUUUCGCAACUAUAAUGUGCCUGUAUUAUUAUUUAAGAACAAAAUAAUUUGGAGAGAAUAUAUACAAUCUCUUACA